AUGUCGGACGAUGGAAGGGAAGAAUCAGUGGAAGACACAAGUGAGGGAAUAAAACGUGUCGCGGAAAGUGGAAGAACGAUUAUUGAGACACUUUUAUUCAGGGGUAGUUCAUCUCCUUCUGCCCUAUCCAAAACACCUUCUGGGUUCCCUCCUACCCCAAAUACUCCAACUGGGAAUUCAUCUUACCCACAUGCAGACACCCAUGAACCUUCUGAAUACGAUGCUUUCCCAAACACUCACACUAGGAAUUCAUCUCACCUACAAGACGACACCCAUGCACCUUCUGAAUCUAAUGAUGAACGUAUCCUUGCUAGAGGUCCAUUCGACUCAGGUGUCGACUCCCGUAUACCAUAUACUGUUAAAAGCACGCGAAACAGGAGCGCAUCUACCCCACUUGAAGACUUCGGCAUACUUGCCCCACUUCCUACAUCUGCUCCUCUCGAUUAUUCCCGUACAAAUCUAUCUGAUCCACCUGAUAGAUCUGAUAUACCUCCUACCCCUGUUGCUGAAGUUUUUAGAGAUACCAAUCCAUCCAACUCGCGUGUCGACUCACAAUUACCUUCCACGUUGGCUGUUACAGAUACCCAGACUAGAAGCCCAUCUACGCGACUUGACGGUACCAAGUCUGGUGCAAUUACAUCAAGUAGAGGUCCGCAUUACAAAUCUUACUCAUGGUGCCCAUCUGACGGAUCCGAGGAAUCUAAUGCGGCGGCUGCUAAAACCGAUCCUACCGGGGGUCCUCCUGACCCAUCUGGUCCGUUGCUCCCAACUGACCAGUCCGCGGUGAACAAUACUACCCGGUUGGAAAAACUGUCCGACAAGGCAACUUCGUCACUUCGUCGAGGUAUUUCCGUCAUUCCAACAUCGUUGACUCAUAAAACUUCUCCUGUCAGCAAGGGAAAGCAUGAAAUUGGAAGUGAUAAGAAUUCUCCUGUAAGAAAGACGAAGAAUGAAAUUGGAAGUGUUAGUGAUAGUGAUGACGAUAGUGACGAGGAAGUAUAUCAUUCUUAUCCAUCUUCACCGGUAUCUCCUAGAUCUCCUACAGAUACUCAACCUUCUCCCAUCAAUCCUUCAAGGCUUCCUCCCCUUAUCGAAGACUCAGCUCAGCAGUGGACUAGGUUGGGGUCGACACAGCGGUUUGAUAACGGUGGAGAUGGUGGCAGAAAUAGCAGAAGCACUUCUUCAGUCAGAGGGCAAACCGGACGCAAUAGAGAUGCUCGGACAAGACGGUCCUCGAUGCGACCACCCCGGCGCCCUGAUGAUAGAUCUGAAAAGAAAUCGAAAAAAGUCGCUUGGGCCGAGUCCGAAUCUACAAAACCAAGCUCAACAGGAGAACCUCCGCCAUCUUCCAUGAAUGGGCAGGGCGUCACCGUCAUGCCUGACGGAAAUGAAGCUUCCGGUUCUCAUUCCGAUCGGUCUAUUCUUCAUCCGAGGUCAAACGAUGCUAGAGGAAGUACCACACUUGAAGGUCCCUCGACCGAGCCUGGAAGAUCUGGUGGACGUGAAAUCCGGGCUGAUACAUCGGGAUUCGACGAACUUCAUAAUUAUUAUUCCAUACCUCCUCCACACCCACUGGUGGUCUCAUCAGCUCGAAUGGGAGACGCUCCUGAACCGAUAUCCGCUGCUCCUUCUUACCGCACAGUCGCGGAAGAAGGAUCACAGAUCAUCGACGGAAUUUGGACCGGCUCUCCAUCCAGGGAUGCUCCCACAGGUUCAAGGCCGUCCAUGGAUAGACCUCCCUACGUUCGGCCCGACAAGACACGAAGUUACACCGAAGGCAGCCGACCAAUUUCCACUGUACGUCGUAGUCCCAACAUAUCCAAUGAAGUAUCACAGCAAUCUGAGGGUCCCGUUCUUAAGACGGGUCCACAAGUCCGAUCUGACGAUAAAGGGGAAACUCGGCUGGAAGCUCCACCCAUUGACGACGAAGGUUCCGACCAAGAAGGAUGGACGGACGAGGAAGAAGAUCAAAAUCAAGACCAAGAUCCAAACCAAGGGAGCGUGUCGAUGCGAGAUGGAAAUACUGGAUCGAGCGUCCUACGAAACUUGCUAGGUCUGCCAAGUAAAGUAUUGAGUUCAGGGCUGUUUGGGAAGAAGAAGCAUCGAGAAAGUCAAGAUCGAGUGAUAGUCUCUCCCAAUUCCAGUGUAAACAAUGUGGACACGGAUCGAAUUGAAGAAGGUUACGUUGAUCUCGGUGGAAGAAAUCCUGACACAGCGGACGGAGGAGAUUCGAAUCCUCGAGACGAGAUCGAGACCACUGGUUAUGAUCCUCUUACAUCCGACAAUCGCCAAUCGCGGCGUGGACUCCGUCCCCGGCGAAGAAGACCUGGAGAGACUGGGCGACAAACAUCAGGGAGAAGUUCAAGAGCCUUGACGGAGGAUAUGUCAACGAACCGUCCGACCAGUCCAACGCAUACUGCUCCGGCAACUGAAGAGGUAUCGUCAAGACACGCUUAUCCUUCUCCAUAUUCCACAAGAAACGUUGAUGAUCCAAACGAUGAGUUGGAGCAGAAUAUGAGAAAUCUUCGUCCUACUGGAUCCACCGGAGUUCAACAAAGUACUGAUGCAGUCGAUGAGUCAAAUCCGACAAAAGGAAGUUAUCUGGGACAGAGGCCAUACUUGGAUCGAUCAGAACAAGAUGGCCGAACAAGUCGAUUACAGGGGGUAAAGUCUCGGAUACCAGAAUCGAUCUUGAGGACGGGAGAAUAUGUAGAGCCUUCAAGACGUGAUGUGAAUUCUAGAGGAAAUAGGAGAUUGGGAAGUGAAUCCGGUAUCAAUGAUGGCUUGACCGAACAGAGGGAAAGUCAAGAGGAAGAGGAAAUAGGAUAUCCGGGGAUCAGCUCUGAAGGAAGCUCAUCAUCAGUAUACUAUUCUCCGUCGCCAGAUUCACAAACACUAUCAUCGUCGAGAGACACUCGUCCCCCGCCGCCAGUACCACGGAGACAACGAUCUCCCUCUCGGAAUAUAUCACCGUUUAGAUUCCCUUCUCCCCCGCCUCUAAGUUCCUUUCGCGAUCCUCUGUCAGUCCAUCUUCCCCAGAGCGACGAACAGGCACCUACAGGGUCUCGUAGAAGACGAGACAGAGGGGAUGAAACUUUCCCCGACGGUGACUUGAACACUAACCUCGAUCAAGCUUUCCUCGCUACGCCUUAUCCCAGAGCGCAAGAGGAAGGGACUAGAUCCGGUAUUUUUUCAAUGCCUGUUCCGAAACUAUUUGAAGGAGGUGUACGAACUGGGAGAAUCCCUUCUCCCCCGCCUCUGAGUUCCUUUCGCGAUCCUCUGUCAGUCCAUCUUCCCCAGAGAGACGAACAUGCACCUACAGGGUCUCGUGGAAGACGAGACAGAGGGGAUGAAACUUUCCCGGACGGUGACUUGAACACUGACCACGAUCAAGCUUCCCUCGCUACGCCUUACCCCGAGGCGCAAGUGGAAGGGACUAGAUCCGGUAUUUUUUCAAUGCCUGUUCCAGAACUGAAUCAAGGAGAUGUAGGAAUUGGGAGAGGUCCAGAUAGUUCGGCUUAUUCGGCUAUGCCCAGAUCAAGACGUUAUGCUCCGUUCUCUGAUGAAGGAACUGGGCAAGAUGACAUGGUGGAAAGGGGGCGGAGUCCCCAUAUAAGACGUUCUCUGUCAUUGUCGAGAAUCCCUUCACCCCCGUCUCUAAGCUCCGUUCGUCGUCUUCGGUCAAAAAAUCCUUCACAGAGCAACAGACAGUCACGUUCAAGGUCUCGUGGAAGUCGAGCAAGAGGAGAUGAAACUUUCCCCGACGGUGUCUUGAACCCUUUGGCUAGUAUUUUCGACAUGCCUGUUCCGGAACUAUCCCGAAGUAGUUCGGCUCGUUCUGCGAGUCUCCCAAACCGAUCGAGAAGAACGUUGACGAUGAGUCAUAAUCCGAGAGACGACGGCGAGGAGGAAGAGGAGGAGACACCAGGUGAGACCGGACAAGAGACAACACCGGAAGUUGUUGAGGCUACAGGAUGGAAGAAAAAAACAGGGCGAGCAUUUGGAAACUUCUGGAAAGAAGUGAAGGACCAAGCCCGCGUGAACGAAGACGAUUUCUUAGGGAGGAUAGACGCCGCGAAAGUUGAGAGGCGCGAUAGGACACGGGACCUUUAUGUCGAUGGUGAACGGUAUAGUUUGAACGGUAGACGUUGGGAAGAUGCUCGAGAAGAGUUCUUUCCCGACCUGGAUCCUAUGCCUCCGUAUGCGGCAGACAGAGGAGAUAAACCAGACCGAAGACACGGAGGGGUUGUAGAUCCGUUUUUUGAACCCCCUAGAAAACGUCAUCCUGAUGUCAGAUUCAAGCGGAGAGUAGGAGCGAAAUGA